AUUUUAAUGGAAAUGGACAUUGAUUGUAACAUAACAAUAAGACUUUACGAUGACUUCAACUUUUCAAUAGUCAACUUUCCUUACUUAUGUAGCAAUAUACCUUCAAAACCUGCAUAUGUUGGUUUUUUUUUGUCUCAGUUAAUUCGAUAUACAAAAGUAUGCUCUUCAAAUGAACAGUUUCUAAGGCGAAGCAAGCUACUGACAAACAAGUUGAUGAAACAGGACAAUCAAGAGUCUCGUUUGAAGUCAUCUUUUCGUAAGCUCUAUGGUCAAUACACGACCUUGUCUUCCACUGGGUCGCAUGCUGACUGAAGUUUUUCAUACUAAUUGUUAGACCAUAAUUAAUCACCUAAUUGUCUACGGACUUUUCUGUUUUUCCCUGAUUACGACAAAGAGCACACGGCGGCUGUGACCGGUCAGCAGAUGAUGCUCACUCCUCCUAGGCACCUGAUACUAACUCUAUCUUUUUAGAGGUCCGCGAUGCUCUGCUUUGAAUUUCUGUUUCGUUUUAUGGAUUUUUUAAAAAGGUUGACAGUUUGUUAUUGUCUUUCUAAGGAUUCUGACAAAACUGUCAUUUGUUUGUUUUAUAAGCGCUGGCAUAAUGGCAGCUAAGUCCUCGUUAUGGAUAUACUUGUAGUUGUGUUUUAAGUUAUUGUCUUGAAUGGACUUGGAUCGAAAAACAGUAACUUUAUUGUUCAUUAUAGACAUCCUCCGUAAGUACGUAUUUUUUCAUCCUGAGUGUAGAAAUCUCCGCUUGCUCGCCGACGUAUUUAAGUUUCGUUUGUACCUUGCUGAUUAUUUCGAAUCUCGUCAGUGUCAUUUUUGCAAAUUGUGCAAAGAACGUGACACAAUUUUGAGAAGGCGAUUAACGGAACUUAUUUCGAGGUAUGCUUCACUUUUGCGAUCGUGCUGACACUCUGACGUGUUUUGGUCUUUGUGUUAAUCUGGAUUUAAGUUGCUCUCUCCCAUGAACAUAACUCUUGUAAACUUUGUGUAUGUGGUAAUUCUAGGUCAUGAGGGCUUCCCCUUGGAUUGCAGCCGUCUUGUUUCUGACUUUAUGGGCUGUACUGGGUGUGGUCGAAUCACAUAAAUAUGCCACUUUCAUCGCUACAUCCUACAUGGUCACAAAGUGUAUCAAAAAAGCCGUGAAUGAUAUCGAAUAUCAAAAGACGCUGGAAAAAAUGUUCUACUUGCAAAAAAUUGACCGGUUUCCCAACAAAGCCGCUUUUAGAUGGCAUCACUCAAAAUUCAUGGGAUAUGAAGACCCUGGCAAAAUCCAUUUAAUGAACAGAAAAGCAUCCAUUGUUUUAAAAGCCAUUAGUUGCUUCCAAAUGCUAUCAAGUAUUUCCCUGAAUGCCUUGAAGCAAGACAGCGGUCUCCUGAAGGUGUGGAGAAAUGUGAUAGCGCCACACUGUAAUUGUCCCCAGCCCAACUGUAACCAAAGGGAACGUUACCGCUCCCCAGACGGCAAAUGUAACAAUGUGAAGCAUCCUAAAUGGGGGUCCACCUUUACCCCACAGCACCGCUACCUCCCGCCGGCUUAUCACGACGGUGUUAACACUCCUCGCAUUAAGAGCGUGACGGGUGAAGCAUUAUCAAGUGCACGUCACAUAAGUAACGUCAUCCACAAGGCAGACAAAUGCCGGUCGUCAGGGCAGUUUCUGACCAUGAUGUUCAUGUCAUGGGGUCAAUUUCUGGAUCACGACUUCAUUGGCACGCCAGUGAACAAAGGUUUUAAUGACUCCACAAUCACUUGUUGCAAUCUAAGUUCUACAACACUUAAACUAAGAGAGUUCUGCUCCUGCUUUCCAAUCCGGAUACCUGACGGUGACACGUUUUUCUCGGGCAAGUGUAUGGAGUUUGUCCGAUCGGCUGCGGCACCGGAAGACGGCUGUGUACCAGAAUGGAGGAACCAGAUUAAUCAGCACACCUCCUUCAUAGACGGUUCCAUGGUGUACGGGGCCACAGCCAAGGACGCCAGAAACCUACGUGCUGGGUACAAAGGUCUCUUGAAAGUGACAAACGACGGAAUGUUACCACAAGCCAAGAAAAGCGACUGCGUCGUCCAGAAGCCGUCGGAAUAUUGUUUUCAUGCAGGAGACAAAAGAAGUAUGGUUGUCCCUUCGCUGACAUAUUUACAUUUAUUGUUUGUCCGUGAACAUAACAGAAUUGCACGUGGUCUCUCCGCAGUCAACCCCCACUGGUGUGACGAGACACUGUACCAAGAAACGAGAAAAAUUAUAAUUGCUGCUAUCCAGCACAUUACAUAUACGGAGUACUUACCUCUGCUCCUACCGAAAGACAUUCGAUCACAAUAUUUUCUCCGCUCGAAAAGAAAAGGCCAUGACACCGUUUAUAACCCAAGCGUUAAUCCGUCCAUCUCAAAUGUGUUUGGUGUGGCUGCUUUCAGGUUUGGUCACUCACAAAUUCCGAAUAACCAGGCUCUGUAUUCUACCUCUUAUAAGCCAAUUCAAAUCGUUCCCAUUGAGAAAACUUAUAACAGGCCUGAGCUGAUCUUGACCAAAGAUCGUCACGGCAGAGGCUUCGAUGGACUGGGUCGAUGGAUCAUCGGCAGUUUUAUGGCAGCAGACGACAAAUGUCUUGAUGAUGGUGUCAGAAAUAAGCUGUUCUUUGAUAAAGAACAAAAAAGUUUCGAUCUGGCAGCUCUGAACAUCCAACGAGGGAGGGAUCAUGGAAUUCCAGGUUAUAAUGCUUGGAGGAAGUUCUGUGGUUUGAAACCGGUGGUUCAUUUUAGCACUGGUCCUGGGGGUAUGGUUGAUCACGAUCCAGAGGACGCUGCAUUAUUAAAAUCUUUAUACAGACAUCCCGACGACAUGGAUCUGUAUCCAGCUGCCUUAUCAGAGCGCCAUCUACCGGGAGGACUGGUCGGGCCGACAUUUGCCUGUCUUAUUGCAAAACAGUUCUACCACCUUAAAGCUGGCGACAGAUUCUGGUACGAAAAUAAGUUCUUACCAACAGGAUUUCGGGAAGAUCAGUUAAACGAAAUAAAGAAACUAAAACUGUCACGUAUUGUGUGUGAUAAUACACAGGUGUCGGAGGUACAGACUUAUGUGUUUCAGCCUUCAGGAUCUAGCAAUGUUGUUUACCCAUGUCGAGAUCGACGAUUUUCUCUUAAUUUGGACCUUUGGCGGGAAAGUUCAGAAGGAGCCAAGACAAUGCAUCACCAAUCCAGUGUUGGGGGGAAUUCUCCUCAUCAUUAUUAUCAUUUUUAUACUCAAUUUAUAACGGGCUAAAUGUAAAAGGAAAA